AAAAAAAAAAAAAAAUACGAUUUACUAUCAUUAUGCCAGAUCCACUUUGUCUGACAACUGAUGGUGGUGUUAUAAAACAAGUGAUACAACAAGGAAAUGGUGACUUUCCAAAAACAACGGAUUCUGUCAGUGUCCAUUAUGAAGGAUAUCUUGAACAGGAUGGGACAAAGUUUGAUAGUUCAUAUUUACGACAUUCUCCAUUUGUUUUUACCUUAGGGGAAGGUAAAGUCAUUAGUGGUUGGGAAAUAGCAGUGAAGUCUAUGCAAGUAGGUGAAAUAGCUAAUAUCACAUGUACAAGUCAAUACGCUUAUGGGACACAUGGUCGUCCGCCUAUCAUACCGUCCAAUGCUACAUUACGAUUCAAAGUUCAUUUAAUAUCAAUACAGGAGUCAACAGAAACACCUGCAUAUCGUAUCAAGAUGGCCACAGAAUUGAAAGUAAAAGGGAAUGAUCAUUAUAAAAAAGGACAAAUAGAUGAAGCACUGACCAUCUACAAACAGGCAAAUGACUACAUCAUCAACAUGGAUGACAAGGUGGCGAAGGAAGAUCAUGAAAAGGUUCAAACAAUCUCAUCAUCGAUUUUUGGAAAUAUGGCUGCUUGUUAUCUCAAAUUACAUGACUGGAAUAGUACUAUUCAUUCCUGUGAAAAGGUAUUGGAGUUGGAUGCGGUUAAUAUCAAGGCUUAUUAUCGGCUUGGUCAAGCUUACUCUGAAAUGAAUGAUAUAGAAGAAGCUGUUCGUUGGGUCAAGUUAGGACUGAAGAAUAUACCAAAUGAUGAAUCUCUUCGAAUACUGUAUGCUCAAUUAGAAAAGAAAUAUUUAUUAUGGAAAAAUAGAAAUAAAGAAAAAUAUAAAAAUAUGUUUAUAUCCUAGUU